GGAGCGGUGGCCGCCGCCGCCGCGUCCGCCGGGCGGCUCCCCACCCCGCCCCCCGCGGCUCGGGGUGACGCUUCUCCAAUAACAGCUCGCGGGGAGCAGCUCGGGCUCGGCCGGCGCCGCGCAGCCCUCCCGCCGCCACCAUGCGGGCUGAGGGGGACGGCCUGGAGCGCUUCUGCAGCCCGGGCAAGGGCCGGGGGCUGCGCGCCCUGCAGCCCUUCCAGGUGGGGGACCUGCUCUUCUCCUGCCCGGCCUACGCCUGCGUGCUCACGGUCAACGAGCGGGGCAACCACUGCGAGCACUGCUUCGCCAGGAAAGAAGGAUUGUCCAAAUGUGGAAGAUGCAAGCAGGCAUUUUACUGCAAUGUGGAGUGUCAGAAAGAAGAUUGGCCCAUGCACAAGCUGGAAUGUUCUCCCAUGGUUGUUUUUGGGGAAAACUGGAACCCCUCCGAGACCGUAAGGCUCACUGCGAGGAUUCUGGCCAAACAGAAAAGCCACCCGGAGAGAACGCCGUCAGAGAAAUUGUUAAUGGUGAAGGAGUUUGAAUCGCAUCUGGAUAAAUUAGACAACGAGAAGAAGGAUCUGAUUCAGAGUGACAUUUCUGCUCUCCGUCACUUUUACUCCAAGCACCUCGAGUUCCCUGACCAGGAGAGCCUGGUAGCGCUCUUUGCACAGGUUAACUGCAACGGCUUCACAAUUGAGGAUGAGGAACUGUCUCAUUUGGGAUCAGCAAUAUUUCCCGACGUUGCAUUGAUGAAUCACAGUUGUUGCCCCAAUGUCAUUGUGACCUACAAGGGGACCCUGGCGGAAGUCAGAGCCGUGCAGGAAAUCAGCCCGGGAGACGAGGUUUUCACCAGCUACAUUGACCUCCUGUAUCCCACAGAAGACAGGAAUGACCGGUUACGAGAUUCUUACUUCUUCACCUGCGAGUGCCAGGAGUGCGCCACCAAAGACAAGGAUAAGGCCAAGGUGAAAAUCCGGAAGCUCAACGACCCCCCCAAGGCAGAGGCCAUCCGGGACAUGGUCCGAUACGCACGCAACGUCAUCGAGGAGUUCCGGAGGGCCAAGCACUACAAGUCCCCUAGCGAGCUGCUGGAGAUCUGCGAGCUCAGCCAGGAGAAGAUGAGCUCCGUGUUUGAGGACAGUAACGUGUAUAUGCUGCACAUGAUGUACCAGGCCAUGGGCGUCUGCUUGUACAUCCAGGACUGGGAAGGAGCGCUGCGAUACGGACAGAAAAUCAUUAAGCCCUACAGCAAGCAUUACCCGCUGUACUCCCUCAACGUGGCCUCCAUGUGGCUGAAGCUGGGAAGGCUGUACAUGGGCCUGGAGAACCGAGCUGCCGGAGAGAAAGCCCUGCGGAAGGCCAUGGCGAUCAUGGAAGUGGCUCACGGCAAAGAUCAUCCGUACAUUUCUGAGAUCAAACAGGAAAUUGAAAGCCACUGAAACGAUGCCAGUGUGGCAGUUUUUAUUUAAGUGCUCAUGCAGAAACCUUCAAGGAUUUGAUUAUUUCAAAUCAUGUACAUCACGCCUGCAUUUCUGUAAAGUCAUUGCCAUGAAAACACGGGUUGCACUUAAACCUUCCACAUGGCUCACUUGGAAUUGGUCUUAAUUUUAACAUUAAGAUCACAGUCAUUUUUUAAUGCUUUUCCCCCUAAGAGAUGAUGGCAUGAUUUCACAUAUGAUACUUUGGACAGGUUGAGUUUUGAAAAAUGUGAUUAUUUUUUGCCCUUCAUGCCUGUUAUUUUAAUGUGAACAAACCUGAAUGAUGAGAGAGAAUAAAAAAGGGAAUACUA